AUGGGUGGCCAUCUCGAUCCUAAGAAUGGAGUCUUCCUGGGCUGGUGGGGUGAUCUGGGAUGCCCUACUCCCCAGCGUGUCACCUCCUACUCCAUGUCCCCUAACCGCCAGCGCCCUCUUGCCGGUGCCGGUCACGCUGCCAUCUUCAACGUUUUCCGCAGAUUCAGACACCAGGUCCUCUACGUCGCUCCUCCCUUCAUUGCCGCCUACGCCAUCAUGAACUGGGCUGUUGAGAGGUAUGCCUCCCCCUUACGUGCGGACAUGAAAGCCUAUAUUACGCAUGUUUCUGGUACAAUUGGACAUCCCAGAGCUGACGCUUGGACUUGCUUGCUUAUAGGAACGAGUACCUCAACUCCAAGCCUGGCCGCCUCCUUGAGGGUGGUGACGAGUAAAUGUAACGUGCCAGCUGGGAAAACCUUGAGAGAAUAG